AUGGCAGGCUUUUACAAGAUAGACCCAGCACUUUCUACUUGUGUCACAGGAUGCUCUUGUUCCACUGACAAUUUUGGACGGAGUUUGUUAUGCAUAUCAUCAUUUCUGAGAAAGGUACCUGGGGACAUCCCUCAAGACAUUAGAAAAAUCAGAAUAGAAAAUUCUCACCUUACAGAAUUGCCUCGAGGAUCAUUCUCCAAUGUUAGUGCCUUGGAAUAUCUUUGGCUUAAUUUUAAUAAUAUCACAGUUAUGCAUCUAAAAAGCCUAGAACGCCUGAAGAAUCUGAAAGAGCUAAGACUGCAGGGAAACAAGUUGAGUUCAGUACCAUGGACAGCAUUUCAAGACACAACAGCUUUAAAAAUAUUGGAUCUAAAGCACAACCGGCUGGAUGUUCUCCCAGAACAUGCUCUCAGGUAUCUACCCAACCUGACCUACUUAGACCUAUCCUCAAAUCAGCUUACUGUUAUAUCCAGGGAUGUCUUCUUUAACUGGCCCAUGUACCAAAAAGCCCAGCAGGCUGAAAGGUGGAUGGACGCUAUCUCCAAUGCAGUCCUGGCUUUACAUGAUAACCCCUGGAUCUGUGACUGUCGCUUGAGGGGCUUUGUCCAGUUUAUCAAAUCCAUUGGCCCACCUGUUAUUCUGAUGAAUUCUUAUUUGACUUGUUCAAGCCCUAAAUUUAGGGCAGGGAAAUUCUUUUAUGACGUGGAGCUCAACAGUUGCAUGAAGCCAUUAACCUCAUCCGUUGAAGCCAACCUGACUGUACAGGUGGGGUUAAAUGUUACUUUGACCUGCUUGGUGCAAGCCAGACCUUCUCCUGUUGCCUGGUGGACCUAUGCACUAAAACAUUUAAGGGGAUUUAAUGUGUCCACUGCAUAUAUCGGUGAAGAUACAAUCAAAUCUGAGUUAAUCAUCCCUUCAGCUCGCCUUAUGGAUGAGGGCAAUUACACCUGCACAGCUGUCAACUUCAUUGGUAACAGCUCCACAAAGAUUUCCUUGAAAGUUCAAGCUCCCAGAGUGGUAUCCUCUUCCUCUUUCUCUUCAUCUGGUUCAGAAGAGCAUCCCUACAUUGAUGUGAGGAUUGCCAAGCAGACAGUGUAUGGUAUCACUUUGGAGUGGUAUGCAGUGACUGACAAUCCAAGUGAAACCUGGUACACCCUUCAUUUUGGGAGGUAUGAUGAUUCCACAAAGGAGAUGAUUUACAUUGGUCCUGGUGUCAACACAUACUCAGUCAAUGAUUUGCUGCCAGCUACCAAGUAUGAGCUGUGUGUUGCUUUAAGGAACCAAUCACCCCAAAAUGGACAGUGCAUUGUGUUUGUCACAGGCCGUGACAUCAGUGACCUGGAGCAGAGAGAGAAGCUCAUCCACAUCAUUAUUAUUGUGUGUGCCAUGGUGCUGGCAGUGCCUGCUGGGAUGUAUGCAUGCACCAUGGAGACCAGUUUUAACUGCCUAGAUAAGUGUUUUGAACUGUGCCGCAAGAACCGGAAAGGGCAGAAGAACCUGAGAGAAGGCAAGAAGGAAAACACCUUUGACAGCUUACCAAGUGGCAGUGAGGAAGGGCUGUGUCACCAAAACUCCGGUGAAGGCAAGAAAAAGCAGAAAACCCAGGAGACUAUGGAUAAACCCAACAAACAGAAGUCUGAUCACAGAAAUAGUGCUGACCUCUAUUAG